AUGCUUUCAAGAUCGGUUACAGAAAGAAUAUUGGGAUCCGUUUCCAAAGCAUCUUUGUACAAACAACCUAUAUGGAGAAAGUCUAUAGAACAGAAAAGAUACGUCAGUGCACUCUCUAAAAUAAGGAAUAUCGGGAUUGUGGCUCAUAUUGAUGCAGGGAAGACUACUACCACAGAAAGACUACUUUACUAUUCUGGUAAGAUUAAUAGAAUGGGAGAUGUAGACACAGGUGAUACCACAACAGAUUUUUUACCACAGGAAAGAUCAAGAGGUAUCACCAUCCAAAGUGCAGCCAUAUCAUUCCCUUGGGGGGAUAACUGUGCAAUUAAUUUAAUAGAUACGCCUGGUCAUGCAGAUUUUUGUUUUGAAGUUAUGAGAACAUUGAAAGUGUUGGAUGGUUGUGUUACUAUUCUGGAUGGUGUUGCUGGUGUGGAAUCUCAGACUGAAAAAGUUUGGAAGUUAAGCCAUUUUUUACCUAAGAUUUGUUUUAUUAAUAAAAUGGAUAGAAUGGGAGCCAAUUUUAAUAACUCAGUUAAAUCCAUUGCAAUCAAACUCCAUACUAGACCUAUAAUAAUUAAUUUCCCAGUGUUUAAUUUAUCAGAAAAUGGGUUCAAUGAACCAGAUUUGGUCGGUGUUAUAGAUGUAGUUAAUCAAGUACUUCUUCAGUGGGAUUCUUCCAUUGAAGAUACAACUAGAGAUAACAUCAAGGUGAUUCCAAUUAAAGCUAAUUCGCCUUAUUUUGAUGAUAUGAUUAAGUGUAGAGAAUCUUUGGUUGAAACACUAACAGAGUUUGAUGAAGAUCUUCUAUCGGAAUAUAUCGACAUGGUAGAUGGAGAUUGUUCAAAAUUAUCGUCACAAUCACUAAACAAGUCUAUAAGACUUUCUACUUUAAAUCUUAAGGUAUCUCCAGUUCUUUGUGGCUCUUCUUUUAAAAAAAUUGGGGUUCAGCCAUUGCUAGAUGCUAUUAGAGACUAUCUGCCAUCCCCAUUGGAAGCUAGAGUACCAGAUUUAAAGGAUACAAGUUAUUUAAACAAAGUUGUUCCUGUUAAUGUUGAUUCGAAAAAUGGUUUGAUAAUCAAUAAUGAUAAUAAUUUGUGCAUGGCAUUAGCAUUUAAAAUUAUAACUGAUCCAAUUCGUGGAACUAUGUAUUUUGUUAGAGUCUAUUCCGGUGUUCUAAGGAAUGGAAGCGCUGUGUAUAAUUCUAGCAAUGGUCAAAAGAUUAGAAUUGGAAAAUUGGUUAAAAUGAAUGCUGAUAAAACACAAGAAAUUAAUUAUUUAUCUGCAGGAGAAAUUGGUGUACUUACAGGAUCUUCAAUAGGCGAUGCAAUUGCCACAGGCGAUACAUUGGUGUCACAUUCAAGUAAAAAAGAUGGCCUAAAGGUAUUAAAGGCUAAAAAUGAAUUAGGUUUACAGGUAUAUCCAAUAACAAUUCCACCACCUGUAUUUAGUGUGGUCGUUGAACCACAAACAUUAGGAAACAAGGAUCAUAUGGAAUAUUGUCUGAAACAAUUAAUUACAGAAGAUCCUAGUCUCCAGUUAUCAAAAGAUAACGAGACAGGUCAAACUAUUUUAAGCGGAAUGGGUGAAUUACAUUUAGAGAUUGCUAGUGAUAGAUUAAUUAAUGGUAUGGGUGCAAAGGUUCAUUUAGGAAAAUUAUCCGUUUCAUAUAAGGAAUCUUUGAAAACAGCAACACCAUGGGUAAGCACAUCGCCUCAACUGGAGUCACAAGGAUACCAUUUUACUGUAAGAAUAGAGCCAUUAUUGGAUAAUACUAUAAUUGGUUCACGUAGUAAAGAUCAAAAUAAAAAUGGAUUGUCAAUCCCUUUAAAAAAUGAUAAUAAUUUCAUACUAAUGGAAAAAAAUAAGAAUUUUGAUCCGGAUUUAAAUGAUUGGAAACCUAUUCUAACUUUUGAAUCUAUUGUGAAUUCUAUUGUAUCAAGUGCAUUGGUUGAAUUACAAAGAGGUGGUAAAGUGGCCUGUCUCCCCUUGUUUGGAUGUAUUGUAAGAGUUAAAGAUGAUUGGAAAGUUCCAUUGGAUGUAGAAAAACCUAUAGAAAUAUUACAUAUAAUUAGAUCUUUAAUUCAAGAAGCCAUAAAGAUUCUACCUGGAGAACAAUUUAAUGUAUUAGAACCUAUUAUGAAUUUAACGUUAACAGUUAAUGCCAGUGAUAUUGGUAGAGUAUCUCAAGAUUUGACAUCUGCAAGAAAUGCAAACAUAUUGUCUAUUGAAGAUUCCUCCAAUUCAGGAGACAUUAUGAAAGAUUUGUUAGAGUUUUCGAAUUAUGCAGAUGCAAUAUACUUCCCAAAGAGUGAGUUGUCUAUGAUUUCGAAGGAUACAUAUCAAAAUACAAAUACUAAGGUAAUUAAGGCAGAGGUUCCAUUACAGAAUAUGUUGUCAUAUAACAGAAUUUUAAGAAGUUUAACACAAGGUAGGGCAGAAUUCAGUAUGGAAUACAAUCGUAUGAAAGAAGUCAAUCAAAACAGCUUAACCAACGUUUUAAAAGAUAUGUAG